UGAUGCUGCAGCCAAGAUGGCGCUGGCAGCGGCCGCGGCUGCCUGAGCGCGAUGCUCUCGGUCCUUGGCGGCAGCGGUGGCGGCUGUGGCCUCGGCCGGGGCCUCGGGUCUGUCCCAGGCGUGAGUGCUCAGGCACCUCUCCUCCGGCCGGGUUAACCCGGGCAAAGAGGAGACGGCCACGAAGAGAGGAGGCAGUGAGGAGCAGGGAGAGAGUGUGGAGCCUCCCGCCUCGGCACCAUGGCUGGACUCAUCAAGAAACAGAUCCUGAAGCACCUCUCCAGCGAUCCCUGCUGGCUGUGGUGGAGAUUGGUGUGCUGUGAAUUUCAUAAUCACCCAAAUGAGUACCAGAGGAGUCUAAGAAACCUUGGCAACUGACUACUUGCUUUCACCAGGAGUAGGGACCUUUUGUCUGAAUUUGCUGCCCUCAGAUUUACCAAAAAUUUAUCUCCUGACAAGAUAAAUCUAAGUACUCUUAAAGGAGAAGGUGAACUAAAGAAUUUGGAGUUGGAUGAAGAGGUGCUCCAGAAUAUGUUGGAUUUGCCAACAUGGCUUGCUAUCAACAAAGUUUUUUGUAAUAAAGCAUCUAUUAGGAUACCAUGGACAAAACUGAAAACACAUCCUAUCUGUUUGUCCUUGGAUAAAGUAAUAAUGGAAAUGAGUACAUGUGAAGAACCACGAAACCCUAAUGGCCCAUCACCAAUUGCAACUGCUUCAGGUCAAAGUGAGUACGGCUUUGCUGAAAAAGUAGUUGAGGGACUUACUGUUUCUGUAAAUUCCAUUGUCAUCCGCAUUGGAGCAAAAGCCUUCAAUGCAUCCUUUGAACUUUCCCAGCUACGGAUCUACAGUGUAAAUGCAAACUGGGAACAUGGAGAUUUAAGAUUUACUCGUAUUCAGGAUCCACAGAGAGGAGAGGUUUUGACCUUUAAAGAAAUAAAUUGGCAGAUGAUUCGAAUAGAGGCAGAUGCUACCCAAAGCUCACAUCUUGAAAUUAUGUGUGCUCCUGUUCGAUUAAUAACCAACCAAUCAAAAAUCAGAGUCACACUUAAAAGAAGACUAAAGGACUGCAAUGUCAUCGCAACAAAGUUAGUUCUAAUAUUGGACGACUUAUUGUGGGUUUUAACAGAUUCCCAGUUGAAGGCUAUGGUACAAUAUGCAAAAUCUCUUAGUGAAGCAAUAGAAAAGUCAACAGAACAAAGAAAGAGUAUGGCUCCUGAACCUACACAGAGCUCUACCAUAGCCCCAGCUACCCAACAAGUGAAGACACCACAGACCUCAAAUGCUCCUGAUCUAAAUGACGCAAUUGUGAAGCUAUUCAGUGACUUUGAUGUGAAAGAAACCUCCCAUCAUUUAGUGAUUUCUCAUCUAGAUCUGCACAUAUGUGAUGAUAUUCAUGCUAAAGAAAAAGAGUCAAACAGACGUGUUACUGGAGGGGCUAUGCAGUUGUCUUUUACACAGCUAACUAUAGAUUAUUAUCCUUAUCACAAAGCAGGAGAUAGUUGUAGUCAUUGGAUGUAUUUUAGUGAUGCAACCAAAACAAAAAAUGGAUGGGCCAAUGAGUUGCUACAUGAAUUUGAGUGCAACGUUGAAAUGCUUAAACAGGCUGUAAAGGAUCAUAACGUAGGUUCACCUCCUAAAUCCCCAACACAUGCCUCUCCCCAGCACACACAAACAGAGAAAGACUCAGCUCUGAAAGGUACUUCCAAAACACCUUCAGUAUUAUCUCAGCAAUCCAAAGCUAAACUAAUGUCAAGUUCUGUUGUGGUUAGACUUGCAGAUUUCAAUAUAUACCAGGUCUCUACAGCAGAGCAGUGUCGUUCUUCCCCCAAAAGUAUGGUUUCUUGCAAUAAAAAAUCCCUCUAUCUGCCACAAGAGAUGUCAGCUGUUUAUAUAGAAUUCACAGAAUAUUACUAUCCAGAUGGAAAGGAUUUUCCAAUUCCAUCUCCCAACCUUUAUAGCCAGCUGAAUGCACUACAGUUUACUGUGGAUGAAAGAAGUAUUCUAUGGUUAAAUCAGUUUCUGUUGGAUUUAAAACAGAGUCUUAAUCAAUUUAUGGCUGUAUACAAGUUGAAUGACAAUUCAAAAUCUGAUGAGCAUGUUGAUAUUCGAGUUGAUGGCUUAAUGCUAAAGUUUGUCAUUCCUUCUGAAAUGAAAUCUCAGUGUCAUCAAGAUCAACCACAUGCAAUUUCUAUUCAGAGUUCUGAAAUGAUUGCUACAAAUACAAGACACUGUCCAAAUUGUCGACAUUCUGAUUUAGAAGCUUUGUUUCAAGACUUCAAAGAUUGUGAUUUUUUCAGUAAAACAUACACCAGCUUCCCCAAAUCUGGUGACAGUUUUAAUCUUCUCCAUCCAAUCUUCCAGAGACAUGCUCAUGAACAAGAUACUAAAAUGCAUGAAGUUUAUAAAGGAAAUAUUACUCCCAAGUUGAAUAAACACACUCUUAAAACUUCUGCUGCCACGGAUGUUUGGGCUGUUUAUUUUUCUCAAUUUUGGAUAGAUUAUGAAGGGACGAAAAGUGGAAAAGGACGACCAGUAAAUUUUGUAGAUUCUUUCCCUCUUUCCAUCUGGAUUUGUCAACCAGUAAGAUAUGCAUUGUCACAAAAAGAACUGCAGGCCUGUAAUCAAGUAUCUUUAAAUACAUCACAAAGUGAAUCUAGUGAUCUGACUGGCCGGUGGAAACGGAAAAAGCUGCUGAAAGAGUAUUAUAGUACAGAAUCUGAUCCCUUGGCGAAUGGUAAUCAGAAACCUUCAGAUACAUUUUCAAGAUUUUCCUCUUCAUCAUCAGAUGCAGAUAUUCAUGUUCUGGUUCAUGUUCACAAACAUGUCAGCAUGCAGAUCAAUCACUACCAGUAUCUGCUCCUGCUUUUCCUCCACGAGUCACUUGUUUUGCUUUCAGAGAAUUUAAGGAAAGAUGUGGAAGCUGUAACUGGCAGUCCUGCUAGUCAGACAUCUAUUUGCAUUGGAAUUUUACUUAAAAGUGCAGAAGUGGCUCUUUUGCUACAUCCAGUGGAUCAGGCAAAUACUCUUAAAUCUCCUGUUUCUGAAAGUGUGAGCCCAAUGGUUCCUGAUUAUUUGCCUACAGAAAAUGGAGAGUUUUUGUCUUCAAAAAGAAAACAAGUUAGUAGUGGUAUAAAUCAAAUUAGGAGUGUAACUGUUAAUCAUAUGUCAGACAACAGAUCUAUGAGUGUUGACCUUAGCCAUGUGUCUUUGAAGGAUUCUUUGCUUUUUAAAUCAGCUAGUGAUACAAAUCUGCAAAAAGGUAUUUCUUUUCUGGAUUAUUUAUCAGAUAAAAAUUUAGGGAAAAUAAACGAAGAUGAAAGUAGUGGAUUUGUGUGCAAAAGUGGCUCAGGAGAAACUGGAUCAGAAACAAGUGGCAAAAAGGAUUCAUCUUAUACAGAUUCAAAUAGUGUCUUAAACUACAGAGAAGAUUCAAGUAUGCUGUCUUUCGAUAAUGGUGGUAAUCAAAAUAUGCUUUCGAAAGGAAGUGAAACCAUAGAGUCCAUCUUUAAAGCUGAAGAUUUGCUUCCAGAAACAGCUUCACUCUCUGAGAACCUGGAAAUCAGUAAAGAAGAAGUACCCACAGUCAGAACACUUAAAUCACAGUCAUCUUUAAGUGGAAAGCCUAAGGAACGUUGCCUACCCAACCUCGCUCCACUGUCUGUUUCUUAUAAGAAUAUGAAAAGAAGCCCCUCACAAACCUCACUGGAUACUAUUUCACUUGACAGCAUGAUAUUGGAAGAACAGUUGUUAGAAAGUGAUGGAAGUGAUAGUCAUAUAUUUUUGGAAAAAGGUAUUAAAAAGAACUCAACUAUAAAUUACCAGAGCCCAGCAGAGAGAGCAAAUGCCAGUGUAAACCUGCAGAAUUACGGUGAAACCUCUCCAGAUGCCAUCAGUACAAACUCAGAGGGUGCUCAAGAGAGUCAUGAUGACCUGAUGUCAGUUGUGGUGUUUAAAAUUACUGGUGUUAAUGGGGAAAUUGACAUCCGAGGGGAAGAUACGGAAAUCUGUCUUCAAGUGGACCAAGUGACACCAGACCAGUUAGGCAAUAUCAGUCUACGGCAUUACCUUUGUAAUCGUCCAGUAGGUUCAGAUCAUAAAGCUGCAAUUCAUUCUAAAUCCUCUCCUGAGAUUACUCUGAGAUUUGAAAGUGGACCUGGUGCUGUAAUACACUCUUUGCUUGCAGAAAAAAAUGGAUUUCUGCAGUGCCAUAUAGAAAAUUUUAGUACUGAGUUUCUUACAUCUUCUCUUAUGAAUAUUCAGCAUUUUUUGGAGGAUGAAACUGUUGCAACAGUGAUGCCAAUGAAGAUACAAGUUUCUAACACAAAAAUAAAUUUAAAGGAUGACAGUCCUCGCAGUAGUACAAUAUCCCUUGAACCAGCUCCUGUAACUGUUCAUAUUGAUCAUCUUGUGGUAGAGAGAAAUGACGAUGGCUCUUUUCAUAUCAGAGAUUCUUACGUGUUUAACACUGAAAAUGAUUUGAAAGAAGAUGUCAGAAGUGACUCAGUGCUGCUUACCAGUGGAAAGUGUGAUCUGAAGAAACAACACAGUGUCACUCAGGCCACUCAGACAAGCCCAGAAGUUCCUUGGCCUUCUCAGCUACCCAACUUUCCUGAGUACUCCUUUGACUUUACUAGAGAACAGCUCAUGGAAGAGAAUGAAUCUCUUAAGCAAGAAUUGGCUAAAGCCAAAAUGGCUCUUGCAGAGGCUCACUUGGAAAAAGAUGCUCUUCUUCAUCGUAUAAAGAAGAUGACAGUUGAAUAGCAUGAGUGGCAGUCAAAAACUCAAAUUACAGCUCUGGAGUAUGGAGGUUAUAUUUAUAAUGUGAGGUUACCAAUUAGUGGAAGACUUUUCUUUUCAUGAAAAGACAAUAAAAUGAAAUAGAAUGUGAUGAAGUGGUGACUAUUCCAAAGCCAGUUUAGAAAAUACUAGGUACGGGCAUUACAAUCUUUUGGUUGUUUUGUGUUUUGGGAUUUAACCCUCUUUUAAACUGGUGUGAUACAGGGAAGUCAUUGCAUACUGUAAAAAUAAGUACAUGCACAAUGAAAAGAAGUUGUCAUUUCCUAAUUUUGGUAUUACAUUAUAGGCAUUUUUUAAAAAGAAAAAUGAAAAUCUAUUGUGUUCACACAGAUUGCUGAAUUUAUCUAUCACUCUGUUAAUAAUUUACUAUUAUUUACAAAGAUUCAGAUGCUUUUAGGGCUAAUGUAAAAUAAAAGGAGGCUUACAUCUUAAAUGUUAUUGAAAUUAUGUACUUAAAUCUAUAACUAUUUAAUUACUGUAAAAAAAGUCCAAUCAAAUUAAUAAAUUAUCUUGAUUGCCGGAUUUGAAAAUUCUGGAAAAUUAUCACCCUACUGAACUUACAAAGUAAUUCGAAAUGUGAAAAAGAAGUCAUUUUAAAUGAUGGGUAAAUUGUAAGUUGAAGUUAUAAUCUUCAACAAAAAAGAUGGUACAAAUGUUAAAAUAAAAAGCACAAACUGUAAAAAGGCAAAACAUUAGCGUAUAUGGCCAACUGAUUUUAAAAGCAUUACUUGUACAUUCUUUGAAACAUUUACUGUUAGAAGUAAAGAGUGAUUUAACUAUCCUGCUAUAUUUGGCAGCAUUUGUAACUAUAAGACUUUUGAUUAAUACUAUUUAUAUUAUUUCUUUAACUUCAUCUUUUCUCUAUUUAAGGAAGAGAAUGUUUUCAGAGACUUUUCUUUUCACAAAAUAAUUUCAUACCAUUCCUGUAGUACCAUAUUAGGUGGAUGUUUGCACAUAUUGAAUUUAUAAAUGCUAGUUUUGAUUAAAGUUCUAUGUGACAUAUAUUAUCUUCUAUAAUAAGAAUAACUGAUAAAUUUUGAAUUCUAUUUUCUAGGGAUUGUUAUAGUUGAAACGAACAUGAGAAAGAAUCUCAAUCAUGCAUUAUGAAAUAAAAUUCAUGAGUAUUUAAGAAACAGAGGCUUUUAAUAAUUUAAAAUAUAUUCUGAUAGAAUUAAAUUAAGUAGGGUCUAUUUUAGAAUUCAUAUUCUUAAAUAUAUCCAAGAUAGAACAUGAAAUAGCUGGAUUGCCCUUUCUUUAGGAUACUUGAAAAAUUUCAAAUCUUCAACUGUAUUAAGAUACUUUAUGGUGCUUUGCUUGUGUGAAAUGACUUAUAUAGCCAUCCCUGUAUCUAGGUACUUGGAAGGAAAUAUGGUUUCAUUUUACAUUGAGUGUUGGAGUGAUUUUAGAUUUUAUUGAAAAUGGUACUGGCCUUUUUUUCCUGUAAUGUCCAUUUUCAUUUACGUAAUUUAAAUAUACAGGCCCUGUUUUUGGGAGAUAAGGAUACAGCAAAGAACAAAUUAAAUUGUUAAUAUAUUACUUCAGAGUAUUUUAAAAAUCAUGUUAAACCAUUUUAAUUUAAGACUAUUGUAUAGUUUUAGAUUAAAAACAAAAGUCCAGUUGAAAGAUUUUAAAUGUAUAGCUUUUAUCCUUGGUAGAGUACUUUUGAUCUGCAGGCAUAUAUUCAACAAAAGCAUUCUCUAUUAUAGAAAAGCUGAAUUGUUGGGACAUUAACUUCUUCAGAGCUCACAGUGUUUCUCACACAUGAUGUAUUUGCUCUAUGUGAAUUUUAAGUUUGUGAUAUAAUUGUUUAGUGUCAUAGAUGCUGAGUGUUUUUCUUAUUUUUUUCAAUUAUUUGGCUUGCUCAAGAAAAUCACAUGAACAAUAGAGACGAUAAUAAUAUGGAUCUGUUCUAUAUAUUGAAUUUUUAAAAAUUUAUAGCAAUGACUAUUUUUAUAGAGAUUUAAAAUUCAUAAGCAUUUAAUUCCCACAACAAACCUGGGAGGUAGGUUUUAUUCACAUUUUAAAAGUUAAAUAAAACCCCUAAGGCUCAGAAAAAGCAAGUGACUUGCCUGAAAUCACAAUUAAUAACCUGCUCUUUUGACUUAAACCCCAGUUACAUGCUUUUAUUUUACGUUAUUCAUUAUAUCACAGAUUUUGCUGCAGAUGGGGAAGGGAAUCACUUGUUGUCUCUUAUUUGUUUUUAUUUUAAAGAUAAACAUAAUAUUUUUAAAGCGUGUACUAUUCAGACUACUUAAAAAAUAAUGGGAGAAUUUUGUUUAGGUUGACCUCAACCUUUUUAUUAUUUGAGACAUGUAGGAAUAAAUUUACCAGAGUUUUUAAUGACCCUAAAUUAGAAAUAAAGUUGCCAUGUCUCUUUUUUGGCUAAGCCGUUUAAUAGAGAUGUCAGUAACCAGGGGCAGAAAGUGGUAAUUGUGUUUUCCUUUUUAAUUUUAUGUAUGUGAAAAACAUUUUCUUGGUAUGUUGUAUUUUUUUUUUCUUUUCUAGAAUUCAGAAGAUCACUGUGUGACACUAGUCAUGAUAAAGCAUUAUUUUCAUUUUUACUUAAGCCAUGGAAGAAUGGCUGUGUGUGACUGCAGGCUAGUAUAUAUGAGAAAAAAAAAAUCAACCAGAAACCCCUUUCUGGGUUUUUACUGUAGUUGUUGUUAUUCAGUGCUUGUAAAUACAGGAGUUACUUAAGUUUUUGUUAGCACAUCCAAUCUAAUCAAGGCACGACCACCUCCCUGGUUCCCAAACUAGUAACCUAGAACUCCUCUUCAAUACCUUCUUCUCCCUAACCACACCCCUCUCUCCAUCAGUUCAUUACCAGGUCCUGUCUUUUUACCUUGUAAAUUUGUCUACUCCUCCUCACUUACUGCUUUCCUAAUGUAAGCUUCUGUCAGCAUUUUUUACUUGCAUUACUGCAGUCACCUCCUAACUAGUCUUCCUAAGCUGCUGUGGCCCUCUUGAUUGAUUCUUGAUACCGCAGGCAGAAUUCCCUUUUUUGAGGUUUUAAUCAAGGCAUCCCAUCUACCCCCAGUUUCACCCCAGCUUAAAACAUUUUGAUGGUCUUUCAUUGUUCUUAUCACCCCCCCCCCCCCAAAAUGGUUUUGUAACCUGCUAGAUCACAUAUUUGGGCUACUAUUUAUAAUUCUGAACAUUUAAAGAAUUAAUGUCUCAGAAUAUUAAAACAAUGGCUGGUACAUCACCUUAACAAGCACUUAAUAGACAUUAGUCUUACUCUGCACCACGUUUCACUUUUUUUGUAUUCUACCCUCAUUGCACUUUAAGUAUCUGGAAUAAGUGAGAAUUAAAGUGCUUCUUCCACCAUAGGAGCCUUUGUUCAUGCUGUUCCUUUGGCUUGAAAUACCUUCCCUUUUCAUUGCUUAGUUAAUUCCUGUUUGUCUUUUAGAUCUCAGCUCAUUCAUCACUUCCUCAGGGAAGCUUUCUUUAAUUUCUGUCAUAGAGUAAGACCCCACUGAUAUAUAUUAUCACAUGGAUUCAUACCUCUACUUAGCUUUGAACACCUUUGUAAUUUUCUAUGUAUUUUUUCAAGUAAUGUAUCCCUUCUCGAUUGUAAACUCCAUGAGGACAGGAAUUGUGUUUUUGUUGUCGCUGUUCAACUUUGUAUUCCUUGUGCCUCAUACAGUGCCUGGCUUAUAGUAGGUGCUCAAUAAAUCUGUUGAAAGAAUAAAAUGAA